UUGUAAGCAGGGGUGGACUGACCAUUUGGAAACUCGGGCACUGCCCGAGGGCCCGGGGUCAGUAGGGGGCCCCAUGAGAUGCCCCUGGUACCUUUUUCAUAGGCUUUUUUGAGUUUGGGCAAGGACACAGGGGCCCCAUGAUCCCCUAUUGCCCGGGGGCCCCAUGAUUUGUCAGUCAGCCCUGGUGGUAAUUUAUGCGGUAUUACAAUUAGACUUUGAGUCCUAUGCUAGGACAGCAUCAGGUAGCAUGGAAUUUAGGAAAUUCCAAGUAAGGUGC